AUGGCGGACAAGGCAAAGGAUCGCAUGGCUGCCAUUGGCAAGCAGCUCCAGCCCGUGCAGAGGGUAGCUGCGGGAUCCAAUACCCCGCGCGCAAAGGGCAAGGUUGCCAUCAUCACAGGAGCCAACUCCCUUCUCGGCAUCGGCCGAGCCACCGCCCACCAGUUCGCCGAGAGCGGUGCGAGGGCCGUCUACCUCUGCGACUUCGACAACUCCAACCUCGAGGCCCACAAGGCGGAGAUGGCGGCAGCAUACCCUUCGGUCGAGGUACACACGUGGCAGUUCGACGCCGCCGAGGAGGCCAAGGUCAAGGCCGUGGUAGACGACGCCAUGUCGCGGUACGGCCGUCUCGACGUCUUCUUCGCCAACGCGGGCGUGGUCGGCGGAAUGUCAGCCUUUACCGAAUACAGCGACGAACAGUUCAUGUCGGUCCUCAAGACCAACACCCUCAGCGUCUUCCUCGCCGCCAAGUACGCCGCCCCCGCCAUGGGCAAGACUUCCGCCGACAAGGCUCAACCAGGCGGCAGCAUCAUCGGCACCGCCUCGGUAGCGGGAAUCCGCUCCAAUGCCGGCUCCACGCCCUACUCGGCAUCCAAGGCGGCCGUCAUCUCCCUCGUGCAGACCAUCGCGUACCAGCUCGCCGGUAGCAACGGCAAGAUUGGCCAGCUCAACCCGAUGAAGCGCGGAGGUCACGCCGACGAGAUUGCGCGCGUGGUACUCUUCCUCGGCAGCGACGAGGCUAGCUACGUCAACGGGCAGGCGUGGGCGGUAGACGGAGGAUUGAGCGCGGGACACCCCUACGUUCCCGGAAAGGUGGCUUAG